AUGCAACAACCACUUCCACCAUUCCACACAAUCCUCUCCUCCGAUACCAACAACACUACAACAUACCAGCACAUUUUCACCAUCUUCACCACAACCGUAACACGUCUGCAACGUCUAGGUCUUAUACCACCAUCGAACUUACAAAUCCAAUUGAUGCAUUUGAGUAAUGGGAGUGUGUGGUGGACUGUUUUGCCACUGUGUAGUGCUGGUGUUGAGAUGGUUCGAGAGUUGAAAUGGUGUAAGAGGGAGUUUGGGAGUGAGGACGUGGAUUUGGAUAUGGGUGGAGGUGGAGGUGUGAAUGGGUGGAUGAGACAUGGAUAUAUACGAGUAGCAUUAGCACUUUGGAGCUUUUAUUUACUACCGAGCUCGCCAUGGGGAGCCAUGGGACUGUAUGGACUGUCGUGUAUAUUAGAUGCUGCUGAUGGGAGUGCUGCUAGGCAACUCAAUCAAGCAACGAAAUUCGGCGCAGUCCUCGACAUGGUGACAGAUCGCUGCACAACCGCCUGUCUAAUGCUAACCCUCUCGCACCUCCUCCCAUCCUACACCCUAAUCUUCCAAAUCCUCCUCUCCCUCGACAUAUCCUCUCACUACAUGCACAUGUACGCGACAAUGAUGUCGGGUGCCAUAUCCCAUAAACAAAUCCCGAAAAACGCAAACCCGCUGCUCCGUCUAUACUACUCGAACGCUAUAGUCCUGUUCCUCGUAUGUGCAGGCAACGAGCUGUUUUUUAUGAGCAGCUACAUCCUGGCGCCGCACCAGGAUGUGAGUAAUUGGGGCAAGAUGGAUGUGUGGUUGACGUGGUUUGUUGUUGGAGUUUGGUGGACGUGUUUGCCAGUGUUUGGGUUCAAGCAGGUUACGAAUGUGGUGCAGCUGGUUAAUGCGAGUCGGGUGCUGGCGGAGGCUGAUGGGGCGGCGAGAUCAAAGGGAAAGGAGAGGGCCAGACAGUCGUGA